UAAAUCUUCAGGAUCAACAAAAUACUUUUUGUCAAUCGAAGAACUGUAAGUCAGUAGAACGGAGGACAGCCGCUCAAAAUAUUGAAGUAGUAAACACGGUGGAGAACAAGAUGGAAUCUCAAGAUAAAAAUGAUGAGGUUGCUGUGACAAAAGAAACAAUGUUGCGGCAGGAUGCGGAACUAUGCCUGAAAGAGUUUCAGUCUGAAAGUACUUACUGUAAAAAUCAUCUAAUCAGGCUUCAGCAAGAUCUACAAAGGAUGGAAGAUAUGAUGAAACGUAUGCUGCAGUUUAAAUCUCAGCUAGAUCAAUUAAGGCACGAGAAAACAUCUAUUGCUUUAAAGUACGAGAACAAACUUAGAAAGUAUCAGGCCUACAUGGCCACUCUUGAAAGAGGAAACUUGCUGCUGUUGAGCAAAACGCAAAAAAUAAGAGAAAACGACAAAGAAAAAUAUGAAGAAGAAAAAGAAAUAUCAUUUAGCCGUGUACUUUUGGAACGUAUUCAGUUGUUGGAACAGGAGAACUCCUCAUUACAUCUGGAGAACGAAGAACAGAGACUGCAAUAUGAACGCUGUAUAGAUGAUGUGGCUAACCAAGUGGUGCAAGCGUUGCUUGGACAAAAGAAUUUGCGAGAAGAAUGCGGAAAAUUAGAAGAACGCAUGCGUAACCUGGAGCAACAGAACAGUGUCUUAGCUGCUCGAUUACUACAGGUGGAUUUUCAAUCACAGUUAUCCACAUUGGACAUUAUAAAUCAAGAUCCUGAGGACUUUCUGCUACAUUCUUCAAAAGCCAAACGUCAAAAUAGUCUUUGGGACAGUCAUUUUCCAACCAGUACACCUUACAACAACCAUCAACUCAUUAGAUCUACGCACAACGAACAACUUCUUAACAAUUCUGAUAACGAUUAUGACACAGAAGAAGAGGAAGUUAUUAAUACUGUCCGUUGGGGAGACUCUACGAUAAGAAUCGGCAAGAGUCAUUCUGAUGUACAUUUGGGAAAACGGGGCAAAGCAGAGGAUAUAAAUGUGUCAGAAUUCAAUGAACUAGAUAAAGUAUGGAAAAUUCAACAAGAGGAACAGAAAGCCAACCAACAUUCCAAGGAACAUGUUAAUACAAUAUCCAAGCCAACCUUUGAAAAGGAACUUCUUAGUAUUGAUAAUUUAUCUCCUUUGAUAUCACCUAACAAACUGAUUGUUCCUAACCAUCGAACAAUUCAAGAUAUUGUAGCCAAUUUCUCUAUGCCAGAAAACGAACCAAACGAGGUUAUAUUUAAUAGUUCACAGUUGAGAUCAAACAUUCUUCCAAACUCUGAGACUCGUAUAUCUGACGAUUUACCAUAUUAUUUUCGUGUUGGUAAUGCUGUUUCAGAAAUUGGUGAAAAUCUGCAACCCGAAAGUGUAAGAACGCUUUACCCAAAUGCUGAUUAUGAGUUUAAAAUGUUUUGUACAAAAGAAGAAAACAACAGUCCAUCCAUCUUCAUAGAUCAUCCAAAAUACAACAAACAUAGUUGCUUUCCGUGGGAAAUGUCUCGAGAAUCGACUGCUUUGGAGUCUGCUAGUGUGUCGAAACUCGUGGAAUCAACAAGUAAUCGACGCACAAACACUGUUAUUCGAAAAGGUCAAUCGAAUGACAAAGCUGAUUUUGAUAAUUUCUCUCUCUUGGUUUCAGAUACUGAAUUCUCUGGGUUACUCCAUUCCGCUGAAAGCUUGAAAUCGAGUGUUGAACCUGAUCAUAGCAGUAAGGACGAAGGAUAUUCCACCAUGUCUAGUGAUAUUCAAGUAGACGCCACUGAAAGUGAAAAAUCUGACACACAAAAUACAAAGUUAAUUUUGAACAAUACGUCGUUAAUUUACGAAAAGAGCAUCAGCUCAGGCGUUUCAGAUAAGCAUCCAAAAACGUCGCUGGAGAAAGAACGUGGAGAAAUGAUCUCUUCCUCAGACAGUGGACUCGGGCUGAAUCUAUGUUUGCAAACCAAAUUCCUGGAUCCUAGUUCCUCUAUGAGUCAGUUGAAGGGUGCGCGUGAAAGGAAUAACUUUUUUCUUUCUUCAACCCAAGAUCAAGGGAGAAUUCAACACGUUCAUUCUAUUUCUUCUCUUGAUAUUGAGAGAAGUUCUGAAAUCAAUAACAAUUCGGAAAAAAAUACUGAUAGACGCAAAUCUGAGACAGACAAAGAUGAUAAAGAUGUAGGUAUAAACCUCUCAUUCAACUGCUUUAGUGGAAGCACGUUGUAUGCACCACAAAAAUUAGACUUUGAUAAUAUUUGUAGCGAAAAUAAAUACAAAUCCAUUACUAAUAACUUUGUACACAACAAUAAUGUUCAAUUGGAACCACACAAGUCAGAUCGUAGCGAAGAAACAAAGCGCAUCGUAAUGCCUAAAAUAGAAAAACUAUCCAAGCUUGAAAGGGUAAUCUCAAAGAAACCUGUUUUCAGUUAUCCGUUUCAAUUGACUUAUCAUCCUCAAGUGCUCAAAACACAAAACCGUUUUUUUCCGAUAUCUGUAGUUCAUCAUGCAAGUUUAAGGCGGGCAGUUUCGGACUCUGUUUUGUCUGCCAGUCAGCUAAAAAAUUCUUGCUCAUGUGUUGGUAAAGUGGAAAAAUCGAGGCUUAAUUUCCAUCCUUUAGAACGACGUGCCUCACUGAGCGAGUUUCAUUUCCCGACAAGUAUAAACACCGACAAUAAGAAUAAAACAGAAGAUGGGAAAAACAACGUUGCCUCAUUUAUCCAGCAUGUUCAGACAUAUGAAAGACUAGAAGGCUCCCCAAGCUGCAGCGAUUCGUUGAGUUCUGUCCAUUCUUCUUCUUCAGAGGUCACAAACAGCGAAGAAUUUGAGGAUCUGAAACCAACUAGUUUAAAGUGUUCAAGGGAUAACGAUCUGUGGAGUGCCAGCGAAGACGAAGCUGAUUUUCCAGAACAUCACACGUUUGUACAGCAGUGGUUAAAAAUGGAAGGAGAACAGUUAACAGAAGACUGUCAGGAAACGCACUCUGUUGACGAAAGAAAAAAUAAAGUGUGGAAAUUUCAGCAUACUACAGUAGAUAAUAAGCAGGCUACCAGAGACAGUGAAGAAAACGUGGUUGAAAAAGUAAUAUCUUCAAACAGCUUAAGUCAAUACAUACUUGAAAGUAUUGAAGAAGAGAAAGAAUCAGAGGAAGAGCUCCACAAAGCGAUUUUAUGUUCAGUCGAGCUUCAACAUAAGAAAACAGUACCAGGUAAGACCACUGGUGUUACAGAAUGGAUUUCUUCCGAGAACAACCGUCACCAAAUUGAUAAUAUGGACGUUGUUUUAGAAAAUUCAGAUAACGAGCCAGCUAUUGUGAGUGGCGGUGUUAGUUACAGCUGCUCUAAAGAUAUAGACUGGAAACGAGCUACUACUAAGACACUUAACUCUACAACAGUACUAACUUCAUACUCCUAUGACACAGAAGAUGGGUAUUUAGAUGAAAUGCCAGAAUCUAAUUCAAAGAAUUACAUUUCCUCUCUAAGAGGAGUUUUAUUCUCUGAUAAAAACAUAUUGCAAGCAGAAAAUUCUGGAGAAAUUGGGGAAGAUUCCGCUCCAAGAACUCUUCAGGAUGAUUAUUCACUUUCCAAAAGCGAUGUCUGUAAUCAUCCUUCUUCAGUGUGUUUGGAUAUUGCCACUAACAAACCAGAAAACCAAUUAAACUUAAAAUCUAAAUGCCAGUCUAUACUUGGAGAAGCAUCACUGCAAACUAAGUUUAAUCCAGUAGUAAAUGGUUUGAAAAAUGAAGUGAAAAAAGAAUGCCACAAAUUCCUUAACAGAACUCAAGCUGAGGCACUUGAUGCUUCUAUGAGAUCAGAACACUCAAAUGAAUUGUUUAGUUCAAAGAAACCAACACUUUCCACGUUAUCAGAUUCUCACUUCGCACAUUCUAAACAGGAAAAUGACACAUCACAGCAAUCACAGGAUAAAGAAAAUUCAGCGAGGCCAAAUUGCAAAAGAACGCCACCUGUUAUCCAAAAUAUAGUGACACGUGAAAAAGCCAAACCCACAAUUCUUCCAAAACCUAGCCAACUAAAACCAACAACUUCGCGGAUUCCCGUUCUAGGAAUCUCUGACAAUGGUCAAUCAAAAGCCGAAAGAACUAAAAUACCUAUCUUUACUAACUCUUUUAUUAAUGUUCACAAAGAGGGAAAUAAAGAACUAAGUAAUAUUAAACAAAAACAGCCAACAAAUAAAAAUAAAAAUGUUCCUAAAGUGAGGUUAAAAUAUCCUGAACUUUAUAAAAAGUCAUCGAAAGUUUCAGAUGAAAAAACAUUGAAGCAACCACAGAAACCAGAAACCAGUCAUAGCUUGUCACCACGAAGUCGUGAUCUCGUGAAACACAAAAAUAUAAAUUCAGACAAAAUCUCUGUAAGAUGUACAGCAGAGGUUAAAGGUCAUGCUUUAGCAAGUCAGAGGAAUAUUAAUAUGGAUGUCGAGCAGCUGUCAUUCGAGAGUAAUGGCUUGUCUGUAGCAGAGAAGAUACAGAUUCUAAACAGUUUACUGGACAAAAACGAGUUUUCCCCCCUUCCUUGUUGUCAUGAAUCGAAUUCAGCAGAGCUGUUUAGAAUAUCGUCAGUGACUGACCCAGCUGCUGUGAAAACUAUUAAAGAAGGCUGCAGGAGUUCCUGGAUUCACGUUUCUCCAGAAGCGAACGUUCAUCAUUUUCAGAAAAUAUCCGAGCUUCUAGAGUCUACUGCUGGUAGUAGUAACAGUAGUGAAGAGAGUGAAGAGGACAUGCAGGAGAAUCAGUCUUCUCAUCAAAAGAAUGUACAACAAGGCGUUAAUUCAGGCGCAUUUCUAAAGUUACCAAGAAAAGAAAAAUUGUCAGAAAAAAGCUUUGAAGAUGAAGAAACUGCGUCGUUUGCCAACAGAAGAGGAGAAAAAAAAGUUUUGCCUCAAAGCGUCAAAAGUGAUUUAUUUCCUAUUGUAACUAAUAGCACUAUUUUUCCUAAAAACAUGGACAUGACAGAGAGUUGUAUGACGGUUCUAUCGCAGGGUGAAGAUAAUUCAGAACAUGUGUGUUUUAGCGAUUCUUGUGCAGAAAGUUUUUGUUCUUCAACCAGAAGCCUUAAUUCCUGAGUUUCUAAGAAAACGUAAAAAAUAGUAUAAAGUUUUUUCUAUGUUAUUCGAUGAAAAUUCGACAGUUGGAUAUAAUCUUUUGUUCUCGUUUGUACUGCAAGUUGGCAGUUGUGUUCGAAGUAACAUACUUUUUGUCUGUAUUUACAAGUAAUUAUUUCAUUGUAAUAAUGCCAACGUUUUUUAUUUUGAUUAGUAUAACCCGAAUAACAAGGAAGCAAUACAUAUAUAUACAUUUAUAUAUAUAGUGUAAUAAAAUGCGUGCAUAUUCUUCAUACUAGAUAGUUGACUUAUUCAGCUAUAUAUAUAUGUAUAGUAAAACUUGUUUCAAUUAUAAUGUUCUUUCAUUCCUAUGGCAUUGUGACAAACUACAAACAGUA